AUAUUAAAUUAAAUAAAGAUAGAAUUAAUAAAUUAAAAUACAUGUUAAUUUAUUAAAUAGUCAUUAAAAUUGUGAUAAUUUAUAAAUGAAAUAAUAAUGGCAUUAUCUAUAUGUGGGGUAUUAUCAAAGUAUGUCGAAGAGUAGUAACAAGAUACCCAAUAAUUGUUCAAGCAACACAAGCAGGUAUAUUAAUGGCAUUGGGAGAUCAAAUUGCACAAAAUUUUAUUGAACGAAAAAAAUUUAAGGAAUUAGAUUUUCUAAGAACAGCUCAAUUUGGAAGUAUAGGAUUUUUUAUUACUGGACCUGUAACAAGAACCUGGUAUGGAAUAUUAGAUAAAUAUAUUGGCUCAAAGACUGGACUUGCAGUAUUAAAGAAAGUAGCUUGUGAUCAAUUAAUUUUUGCACCUGCAGGUUUAGGAAUUGUGCUAACAACUGUUGGUCUUUUACAAGGAAAAGAUUUUGAACAAAUAAAAACGAAAUUAUCUAAUGAAUAUCUAGAUAUUUUACUCAAUAAUUAUAAAAUUUGGCCUAUAAUACAACUAAUUAACUUUUAUUUUAUACCUUUACAAUAUCAAGUUCUAUUAGUACAAUCAGUAGCUAUCUUAUGGAAUACUUAUGUAUCAUAUAAGACAUUCACUUUAGGAGAACAACAAAAAAAACAAAUAGAUAUAUAUAUAAAAUAAGUAAAAAUUUAUAAACAUAUAUUUUUUUUUUAAAUACAGAUGUUAACACUAUUAAAUUUAAAUAUUGUUCACAAUAACAUAAUAAAAAGUUAAACUUUUGAAUAACAUUUAUAAUAUUUAUCAUUAAAAAUAAACAAUAUAGUAUUUUAUCAUAAAACAACGAUAGCAUUGUAAAUAAUCACAAAAGCAUUUUGUUAUAAGUUAUUAAAAAAAUGUGUUCAUAAUUACAAUGAAGUAUUUGAUCUCAAA